AUGUAUCCCCAUCCAAAGUUGAAUAGCUUCCUUCAAACCUGCAAUCCCGACUUGUCCGCGAAGAUCCUCGACCGAGUAGUCGAAAGAGGUUAUGUACAAACUUUGAAAACCGAGGCUACGAAAUCGAAAUUUCCAUUGUCACGCUUACGCACAGCUCAGCCACAGUGUUUUGCUCCCGAUGUCGACGUUACUCGCUCCAAGUGCGCGUUCGGCCCGUAUGCAUUGCCUCAGCUCAAAAAAGAGCUUGAGAACUGCGAUCCUUUGAUCGUAAGACAAGCAGUGACUACCUUGGGAGAUCUCCUGAUCGACCCCGCAAAAUCGAUCGAAGCAAUCGGCUUGGGUAUCGUUGACGAGUUAUCGAGUUUUUUGGUGUCGAAAGAUCCUUACUUGAGGGAGCGCGUCGCCAUGAUUUACUCAACAAUAGCCAACCAAAACGCGGGAAGGACCGCGAUCACGGAGAACUUUGACAUCCUUUCGAACUUGCUGAAAGCCCUCGGCGACAAGUUCGCGGCUGUGCGACUGAAGGUAGCCCUGGCCGUGGAAACCCUGGCCCAGGAGCCAAACGCUGCCGACCUCAUGAUCACUUGUGGCUUCCUGGAGGUCAUCGUAAAGAGCGUGUGCGAGGAAAAGAAGGAAGUUUUGAUCGUUCACUUGGACACGCUGAGGUGGCUGACGCAAAGAGACGCAGCCAGGGCGAUCGAGGACGGGCUCUUUGAAAAAUUAGCGAGCCUGCUCGAAAAUGUGGACGAGGAGCGAGUUUUGCGCGGAGCGCUGAUUUGCAUGAAAAACCUGUGCGAGUGCCCCACCGGGAAACAAAGGGCAAACGACGCCGACCUCUUGAAGACCCUCAAGAGAUACAUCUACGACAAACGGGAGCAUCUGCUAGUGGAGGCCGUGCGCGUCGCCUCGUUUGUUACAAUUACGACGAAGGGUAAGCUGCGAGCUCUCGAGCUGGAAAUGAUGAACAGGCUCCUGUAUUUAGCGACGGGGAGGAAAAAAAAGGGCUGCCGGUGUUGCGGCGACCACGACAACGACGACGACGACAUGCUGCUGCUCGCGAUUUUAAAGACCGUGACCAACAUCGCCGAGGCACCCGAGGCUCGUAAACAACUGUUCCAGGAGUACCAGGGACUCAUAGAGAACCUAGACGUCGGAGAAAGUGAAUUACUGCACAGGCACAGGCAAAUACUCCUGGACGUCGUUCGCUGGCGGCCUUAA